GACCCACACUUCCCCAGCACCGCACACGCUACGAGCCGACCUACUGUUAAAGCAGCAGACUCCCAACCACCCCGUCAACCAACGUCCUCCGCGCCGCCGUGCGCUUGGGUCUAGACUCGUCUCUCGACCAUGUGCGACUUGGGAGCUGGACGCCGCCAGAAAAGCAAUUCGAUUCGGUAGACAGCGCCCGCUGCGACUGCAGAUCCCCCCGUCGGCUCCGCUCCCAGCUUACCGGCGCAUUGAGCCUGUAUGUAGUUCGUGGCCUGCAUCCUGUCCUCACACUACACGCACACUAUACCAUGCCCACCUGGCUGGUGCACGGCUUCCGAUGGCCGCGCGCCCAGGUGCGCAUCCACACCAUUCUCCAGAACCUCGACGAUGUCGCUCCCGAAUGGCUCAUGGCCCCUGCCACCCAGGCCUGCCUGCACACCAACUUCAACCAGCAGUGGCCCGCUAUCGUCGCCCGACUGCCAGGCCUACGCUUCAUUGAGCAGUACGAUCCAGACGACCUCACGGUAAAGGACCAGCCGUAUGCGUACGUGUGCGACCAGGUCCACGACAUCAGACUUGGGAUAGACAUUGACGACGCACGAGGCGACCAAGUCUCAGACGACCAAUUGGCUGCCAUAGCAGAGCUCAGAGACAAGGUCACGCCCGACGCGAAGCUCGGCUGGUUCGUGGUCGUCAAUGGCGACGUGGAGCGCUGGGCGCCGCCGCUGGAGGACGAGGAUGAGCUAGCAGACGAAGACGACGAGGACGCCGAAACAAAGACCAUCAGCCCGCCAGCACGAAGCCUGAGAAGCAGCGUAUGGACCGGCAGUAAUAGUGACACCAGUGCGCCGGAACCAGUAAAACCCCAGAGCAGCCGGAGCAUGAAGAACUGGAUUGGUGGCAUAAUCCGCAAGACACGAAGCUCCAAGAGCCUGAGAAGUGAAGCGAAAGCGACUCCCGCGCCCCCAGUACCGCCGUUACCGCCAAUGUCGCCGAAAGCAGCACUUCAGUCUCCGCCAGCAACACUGCCACUUCGGUCAGCGCAGUGAGAGCCUUGAGACAAGAUAGCUGACAGACUACGAUUACACGAACAUGCGCUGGCACGUUCAACCAUGUACAUGAUUUUGGAGAUACCAUAGAUGAUGCACGGAGACAUAUACAACUUGGAAGGCUGUCUGUAAUAGCAACAAUGCGAAACAUUUAAUUAUACC